UAGGAGACCUCAGGUUAGAUUGCCUACAAAUGUGUCAUUAGAGAGUUGGCAACCCAACAAACGUUUAUUUGCAUUUGAUAUGUUUUUAAAUACUUUUUAAUACCGUGGUCUGAUUUGGUGACCAUUUUGGACCACAAGAUAGAUUUGAGAUAUUGUUGCAUUGUUUGCAAGACCAGAUAAAGAACCCCCGUUAGCCUCCUUUCCUCUUCAGUUUCUUUUUUGGAGGCUCCAACGAUACAAGACUUUUUCUUCUUUUCAUGUGUUUUUUUUUCAAGUUACUUUUCAUUACAGCUCCACAUUUGUCAAGAUGAAGGACAGACUUGCCCAGCUCAAGGAGACAAGUGAUGCUGGAGGGGAUGAUAUUGAGGUUCCUGUGGAGAAUGAAGCUUUUAUGGAUGAUUUCUUUGCUCAGAUUGAGGAUAUCCGCUCCAGUAUUGACAAGAUUGAUGAGAGUAUAACAGAAAUCAAAAAACUCUACUCCAGCAUCUUGUCCGCCACCACAUCCGACCAGAAAACACAGGAUGAAGUUGAAGCUGUCACCAAUGACAUUAAGAAGUCAGCCAACAAUGCAAGAAACAAACUGAAAAACAUUGAACACCAGCUUGAGACAAAGACAGAUGAGCGAGCCUCAGCUGACCUCAGGAUAAAAAAAUCCCAGCAUGCCAUCUUGGCCAAGAAGUUUGUAGAGGUGAUGACGAAAUACAAUGAGGCACAAGUUGACUUCAGAGACAAGAGUAAAGGACGCAUUGCCCGGCAGCUGGAGAUCACUGGUAAAGCAACAACUGAUGAGGAACUAGAAGAGAUGCUAGAGGGAGGAAACUCUGCUGUCUUCACUGCUGGGAUUAUGGAUUCCAAAAUAAACCAGCAGGCCCUGAAUGAGAUUGAGGCUCGGCACAAAGAUAUCAUGAGGCUGGAGAGCAGCAUCAAAGAACUCCAUGACAUGUUUGUUGAUAUCGCCAUGUUGGUUGAGAACCAGGGUGGCAUGAUUGACAGAAUUGAGAGCAACAUGGACCAGUCGGUGGGUUUUGUAGAAAGAGCCGUGGCUGACACAAAAAAAGCAGCCAAGUUCCAGCAGGAGGCACGAAGGAAACAAAUGAUGAUCUUCUGUUGCUGUAUGAUCCUGGCCCUGAUCCUUGGUUUAUUUGUUUACAGUUUUAUAAAAUAGACGCUGUGUGUACGUCCCCUGACUGGUUGAGUCCAAACAAUAAAGGAAAAAUGACAAGCUAAACAUCAACCUUCAUCAGCCUUGAUAACUGUCAAAUAUUAUUUGAAUAUUGAAUUAUUAACAAAAGGUAAAAAAAAAAACAACAACUCUUUUUGGAUUUGUAGUUUCCUUCAUUUUAAUUGUGAUUAAUGAGUUCGUAAACAUCUGCAAAACAUUUCUUUAACAAACAAAAGUCUAACCUACGCUAUUUUUAACGCAAACCAACAGGAUUCCCACAAACCAAACGCCUCCCUCUUUCAUGGCGCGACUGAAAAUAACACAAAAAGUAACACACCGCACAAAAUACACGCUUGCACACUAAUCAUGCAAAACAGUAUUUCAUGUAAAAGCCGCAAAGCAUGCUGGGUAAUUCUCAGAGCACACUAUACCGAUCGGAAGUUGACUGAUCAGGUUGUCUGAGAAGAUGUUUCGCCCCUCAUCUUAGCAGGCUUCGCCAGAUAGGAUGAGAGCUGUCCUAUCUAGUCGAUUAGCAUGAAUUAAUGAAUCCUGCUCGGUUGAAGAGUGAAACGUUGAGACUGAAUUGAUGCCCCGACAAUACAAUACCAUAUUUACAGCCAUCUUUCUGUUGGGGACGUGUGUGUGUGUGUGGCUUAUAAAUACAUAUCAAAUAGUAUAUAUUUUGCAUGUAUAUUAGAGUACUGUAUAGUGCAGUUACUGUAUAUUAUACUGAAUGGCGAGUAUGUGUGAAUCGCUGUAUACGGUGUUUGUUUUUUUUUAAGUUCAUUUUUAUGUUCUGGUUUUUGUGUUUUGGGGGUUCUUGGUUUGUGUACAAUACGUUUGUUGUUUCCGCUAGAUAACCUGUAUUCCGGCGAGGGGCGGCACCAGUAGCGUCAUCGGGUUUUUAAGCCAGUCACUACAGGAGGAUGUGAGGUCAUUGCCCCAACGUUACACACAUUAUCUUCCUUUACUGUGCUUUUUACUGAGAUUCUCAUUCAUAGUCUAAUUCAUAGUCUGGUAAUAAUGAUUCCCGUCCUCUCGGUGCCGUCCCGGUUGCCAUUAGGGACUCUACCUUAUUGUUGUGGGAUUUUUUUUGCUACGCCUUUUGUUUUGACUCUGCUAGUUGAGAGUGUUUUGUUUUGGUCACACCUCCUUCCUGUGAACUCCUACUUUUGUGCUUAUUAAAACACUUUUGUUAUCCAAUCUUGCUUCCCG